AUGCCUAUCCCAGCGUCGCAGGACGGCCGGCACCAACACCAAGAGCCUUCCGCGCCAGCCAGAGGAAUCGAGCGUAUAAAGACUCGAGCUGGCGCCCGCGAUGGGCCAAACCCCUCCACAGAUGCGCAAAUCCAAGAUGCGGCGGCCCAAGCGCUGGCAACCGCCGUUAUACCCAGGAGACAUGUCAUCUUUCCUGAUCCCGUAGCCUUCAGAUUUCUCCAAAACGAACCCUACGUCUCUCUCGUCGAACGCCAAACCUUCCUCUCCGGAUACGAGCUCUAUCUCGUCGAACAGUGGGCAUGCUCUCGAAAAUCACCAACCCUAGUAGUAGCCACGCACACGGGCGACGAUAAAGACCGAAUCUCUGUUGGCAUUCUCGCUAUACCUGACGAUAAUGCAUUGUGGUCCACGAGAUUGCAGCUCUAUUUCAAUGCUGCCAACCAAUACCAUGCGCGUCCCAAGGAGACUGGCAUGGGACAGCUGCUGGUGACGAACCUGAGCAAUUUCCCUUCGUCCUUGACUGUUAUACCAGUCCCGGACGGUGAUAUUCGACGACACCGACAGACAUUCAUUGUCAAUGAAGACUUGAAACGCCUGGGAUGCGCUGGCCGGUCAGGUCUCACCCUGACUGAGCCACCCGAAGCGACACGGUCGAAAUUUCACCAGCUAUACAAGACAUCUGAACGCAUCCCUUUUAUGCAGUCCGUGACAGAACUGGUUAAGCUCUGCCAGGUUGCGCUGUACAUGUUCGAUAAGCUAGAGCCUGAAUACAUUGAUGGUCUACUUUGCGAUGUCACGGAAGCCGCCAUUGGCGACUGGUGGACAGAGAUUGGCGCUGAACACUACAACUAUGAGCCCUCUGAUGGCAUCCUGGGUCCUUCGACCGUUGCUGCGCUGCUUGGUAUGCUCAUGGGUGCCAGAAACCGUCUGGGCUGGCAGGGUGCUCCGGUCUCGAAAGAUGUUUUCGACAUUGAAAGCACGAAGCGCGGCAUUUCAUACUUUCAGAAAGCGCAAAAGCUGGACAAGACUCGACGGUUAGAUAGGCAAACCCUCUUCCGCCUCCAUAACUCUACUGCCAAAGCUGCCUCCGGCGAAGGGUGGGGCGUUCAGAAAGCUGUCAACUCGACAGUGACUGGAAUCGGCGGGAAGCGAGGUGAAAUUGUCAUGGACAUGGUUUCAGGCAAAGACAAGGGUGGCCUUGCCGACGUGGAAACGCUAGAUCUGGACAGGUUUAUCAAACUGGCCUACGGAGAGCAAUCAAAAUGGCUCUGGCAUGGCAAGCAACGGAGGGCUCCCCUAGGGUCGCGAGACUUGGAUCACGAGCUCGGUGGUCUUUUGCUCGGGCGCAGCGACGUAUCAAAUCCCGUGUCGCGUGCAGCAACUGCGCCACAGGUAGACGACGAAGCCGCCGUUGGGCGAUCAGACGAUCUCCAGGCGGCGACGCCCAGCAGAAUGGGCACAGGUGCUAGCUAUGACAGCUUUGGCGAUCGAGACGGUAGCCGCAGGGCUGUUUUCAAGAGCGUAGCAGGAAACGCCAAGUCUGGUCUGGGUCGUAUCAAGGAUGCCGUGGGGGGUAGCCGAAGAGGGCAUGGGCGAUGGCCAUCAAGCUCUAACAGAGAUGAUUUGCCUGAACAUUUGCAAGGCUUGAAUAUGGGCAUGGACAAUGCGCGCAGUUCUGGCAUCGUGAGCGGUCCUCCCACGGUGGGAAGAGCAUUCACGUGGAAGGAAAAGCCGGAAGAAUACCUGGCAGCUCUUCGCCGCGGUGACGCAUAUGCGCUUCGAGGACUGCAGGGCAACGUCUUGGAACCAGCUUCUGCCGACGCAGCAUUCUCUCACAGCGAGACUCAGGUAGGGCAUCUACCCAGGGGUCCCGACAAUGAGCACCUUGAAGCUCUCGGUGCGGAAGUUCGCGACGAAGUAUUGUCGCGGGCACCAUCGGCUGUUCGCUCCGCCGUCGACGAGACCGACUUUGAAGGACCGCUGCUAGAAUCCGAAAGGACAGGCGACCAAAGAUACUUGAGACUGUGCCGUCGACACAGCUCCCCGGCCCCUACCACGGUGGUCAAUUACACUCUAAACGAGAGUCGGUAUCCGCGACGGCUGUCUUUUUCCAACGCAGAGGAAGCCAUCCUUGACUGGGAAGAAAUCCUUCCCAUAAGCGACUCGGCCGAGAACGAUGCCGAUGCUGCGGCCGCGAAGGCAGAGAUCCUUGCGCAGUUGGCCCAGCAAGUGGACCUGAUGGUCAACGGUGUCGGGCCGUGGGUCGGCGAGAAGAUCAAGCUCGUGGAGGCGCUCGACGAGCGGUACGGCAAGGACGUGGCGGAGCUGCAGACGCACUACCGCCAGCUCAACGAGGCGUGCGAGCGCGUGCGCAUGGACUCGGAGGGCAUCAUCGCGGACGAGAAGCAGGGCCUCGAGCUCAGCAUUAAGGAGCUGGAGACGAUGGUGGCACAGCUCGAGUACGAGAUCAACGCGCUCGUGUUCAAGGUCCACGAGGUGGAGGAGGGCAUCGUCCUCUUUGAGCGGCAGGUCGUCGACGUGGAGAGCCGCGCGGACAAGCUCAAGACGCAGCUCGAGACGGAGAGCUGGCUGCACUGGUUUGUGAGGACCCUGACGGGCGUCGGGACGGGACCCAACAUUACACGCUCCUUGUAG